AUGGACUCCACAUUGUUCAAACAGUACCUACUGGCCGGUUGUUUUAUACUGAGCACCUUGCUGCCUGUUUUUGUCUUUUUAUUGAAACCUAGAAAGAAGGUGUUUUCGCCAGAGAGCCGCAAGAGAUUUCGGCAAGUGUGUGAUGCGAAGAGGUUGGUGUUGUUCCACAAAACUCGGCGCAGCAUUCCACCCUUUGAGGGACAUGUAUUCAAGCGACUCGAGACCAUACUUGGCGAUUUAAGACCGGCUUUGGCUCAAAUCCGUACUAUCGAAACGGCUCUGCGCGCUGCCUCACUGCAUUGGCUGGAAUCGGUUCCAAGCCAGUCUUCCUCAACCGUGUCACAGUCGUCGUCCAGCCUUUCAUUCAUUCUAGUUGACGACAAGAGCAACCCGGUCGUUUGGUCAAGCUCGCCCGAAAUCAAUUGCACGCCUAGUCCCCCAGUUGCUGAGGAAAACCUGAAAGCUUGUCUCGUUGCCAUCAAAAUUGGUCUGGUUCAGCUGAUGUCACUCAUGCGGGCGGAUCUAAGCAACUUCGAGGAGAAGCACGAGGUUGCAAGCGCCGUAGACGAAAUUGUUCAGCUACAUCUGUCACUCAUAUUGAAACAGCCUACUCUACAGGCACUAAUUUUGAUCUUUCUUGCUGACUCUCUGCGCUUUCUCGAUACGUUUCUAUCGGUCCAUACGUUUGUGCUUAUAGUUUCGAGCUGCAAAAACGCCAACGGAGACCCAAAUAAAGAAGCUUUAUAUGCAAUUUGUGCAAGUGUAUUCCCAGCGUUCAUGCCAGGCUCAGAGAUUGUUGAUGAAGUGCUCUGUGAAUCGCCCUUCAAUUAUUCGUUGUGCAGCCUUUUUGCAGAUUCCAGAUACUCUGCAAAGUACCUUUUGUCGCUCUACUCGAGAGCUGCCAAAUCCUCGCCACCAGAUUAUGAUAUGAGCCUUUUCGUGGCCAAAAAAAGGCUACAGAGUAUCUACAAGAAAAAAUAG